CGUUUGACAUUUUACUUCAAAAAUUUAAUUUUGAGAAAAUUUACUAAAUUUUCAAUCCAAGAAUAUUUAGUUUAAAACCUUUUAAAAUAUAUAUAAAUAAAAGCAAUGGAAACCAAUUACGAUGAUGCUCUGACCCAAGAUUUCCUAUUUAUGUUGGAGCUGUGUCCAGUUCAGGCUUUUCCUCCAAAUUCCGACGAACAAAAUUUAGCUCAAAAGUGGCUCGAACAUUUGUGCACUUACGCAGUCGAAGAUCUUAACGAUAGACGCCUGAGAAACAUUUAUAUCAGUCAUUUAUGUGCCGCUCUAGUGCAGCGACAACUUUAUGGGCCUUUUGUUAAGGCACCAGCUGAGGGAAAAUUGGAAAAAGUAGAUUUCCAUGCAGUAGCUGUCUGUCCUAAUACCAGUGUGAUUCAGCAGCCAAUAGCUCACUCCACAAUGCAAUAUCCAGCAAGGGAACAAUCGAAUUUAACCAUGACCCUAAUGCCCAGCCAGCCAAGUGUUUGUAGUCCUGAGCAUUCCUCUUAUACAGUGGUGGAUACCACCAAGACUAUAAAUUCCACAGGAUUUGAAUCCCAGGGUCAAAUAUCAGUAGGCUCUACCAAUAUGUCGUUUAAUAUAACAAGCGGUGGUGCUGCUGCAUCUUGCUACUGUCCUCCCAAACCUUGUGAAUGCUCUGCUAAUGGCAUUCCUUGUUAUUGCAAUCGUGCAACUGCUGGUGCUGACUCGAAUGGUCCCGAUGAUGAUGCUAUUUACAAUUUUUUAAUGCAGCAGCUAAAUAUUACACCCCAAUUUCUAAAUAAUUUUGAUGCCACUCUAACCUCUUUUAUGGAUUUGUGUAAAGUGGCUUCCUUGGAGUGUAAAACUCAAAAUCAAUCACAAUUUUCUUUAGCACCACCCAAGCAUUACUUUUUACCCAAGAAUCCCUCAUCCCUGCAAAAUUCUUCUAAACAUGACCUCAUCCAAGAUUCACCAAGAUCCUUAUCUCCGGAUUGUGAGGAAAUGUGUGAAGAUAUUAAUGAGCUGUUGGAGGCUAUAACGGCGGAAUUACGCGGUGACGCGGAACCGGGCAGUAAUGAUUAUUUAGAUCGUGAAUUGUCGCGUUAUAAAAAUUUUUUUAUGGAAAAUUCGCAUUUGGCCAGUCAUUUACGUUCUCUAACUUCUAAUAUGAAAUUGCGCAAUUGUUUGCUGUUGAGUUUGCAAAAUGAUUUAGUGAAAUUGUUAAAUGAGUAAAAAUCUUAAUAAUUUGUUAAAAUAAAUUAAAUAAAAUAAUUUUAUCUUAAACAA